GGCCGAGGAAGCCACUCCUGCCUUUCACGGGAAGGUGCGGGCACCACCAGGCUUGGGGAGCUGCUCAGGAGUCCCACCCUUUGUCUGGGGGACCCCAGGGGCGAGUCGGGGUGUUUGGGGAGCGCUGGGCUCCUUUCCUGCCAGAAGCUCAGGAGAAAGGACCCUGCUCGAUCAAAGUGGCCCACACGGCUCCCCCUUGCCCGCCCCGCUUUGUUUCCCUCCUCCGGGGGAAUCGUUUGGACACUGUGCCCCUCUCUCCCUUCUGCCUUCUCCCCUGCUCCGCAGGCCGCUUCCCUCCCGCCCCUGGGGAAGCUGAUCGCACGGCGGCUGCCCGGGCCCUGUUCCGGUGCUGCUCUUGCCCCGCUCUCAGCGCCCGUGGUGAUGCCAUGCCCCGCAAGCACAGCGGAGGAGACGAGGGCAGCUCCGCCGGGCUCUGGCUGAAGAGCAGCCGCGCGGGCAGCGGCAUGAAGGAUGUGGAGUCCGGCCGCAGCAGGGUGCUCCUGAACUCGGCCCCCAGAGGGGACGGCUUGCUCCUGCUGGGCACCGGCAGCGCCAUCGGCCGCGGCGGCUCGCGGGAGAACCGGCGAGGAAAGCCAGGGGGAGCCCGGAUGAGUCUGCUGGGGAAGCCGCUGUCGUACAACAGCAGCCAGAGCUGCCGGAGGAACGUCAAGUACCGGAGGCUGCAAAACUAUCUGUACAACGUGCUGGAGAGACCCCGCAGCUGGGCGUUCAUCUACCACGCGUUCGUUUUUCUUCUUGUAUUUGGUUGCUUGAUUUUGUCAGUGUUUUCUACCAUUCCUGAGCAUGCAAAACUUUCCUCUCGUUGCCUCUUCAUUCUGGAGUUUGUCAUGAUUGUUGUGUUUGGUUUGGAAUAUAUCAUUCGUAUCUGGUCAGCUGGCUGCUGUUGUCGCUACCGAGGAUGGCAAGGAAGAUUGCGAUUUGCGAGGAAACCAUUCUGUGUAAUAGACACCAUUGUUCUCAUCGCUUCAAUAGCAGUUGUUUCUGCAAAAACUCAGGGUAACAUUUUUGCAACAUCAGCACUGAGAAGUCUUCGUUUCCUACAGAUCCUUCGAAUGGUGCGCAUGGACCGAAGAGGAGGGACUUGGAAAUUAUUAGGUUCAGUAGUUUAUGCACAUAGCAAGGAAUUAAUCACAGCCUGGUACAUAGGAUUUUUAGUACUCAUCUUUUCCUCUUUCCUUGUCUAUCUGGUGGAAAAAGAUGCAAAUACUCAGUUUUCUACAUAUGCAGAUGCUCUCUGGUGGGGCACAAUCACAUUGACAACAAUUGGCUAUGGAGACAAAACUCCUCUUACUUGGCUUGGAAGGCUGCUUUCUGCUGGGUUUGCUCUACUUGGAAUUUCUUUCUUUGCACUACCUGCUGGCAUUCUUGGCUCAGGCUUUGCAUUAAAAGUACAAGAACAGCACCGUCAGAAACAUUUUGAGAAAAGAAGGAAUCCAGCUGCCAGUUUAAUUCAGUGUGUAUGGCGUAGUUAUGCGGCUGAUGAGAAAUCGGUUUCCAUUGCUACCUGGAAGCCUCAUUUGAAGGCCUUGCAUACCUGCAGCCCUACAAAGAAAGAACAAGGGGAAACAUCUAACAGCCAGAAGUUAAGUUUUAAAGAGCGGGUACGGAUGGCUAGCCCAAGAGGCCAGAGUAUUAAGAACAGGCAAGCAUCAGUUGGAGAUCGACGGUCACCAGGUACUGAUGUUACUGCAGAGAGCAGCCCAACCAAAGUGCAAAAGAGCUGGAGCUUCAAUGACCGAACCCGUUUCAGACCUUCACUGCGUCUGAAGAGUUCUCAGCCAAAACCAGUGGCAGAUGCUGACACCACUCUUGGAACAGACGAUGUUUAUGUUGAGAGAGGAUGCCAAUGUGAUGUAUCAGUAGAAGAUCUCACACCAGCACUUAAAACCAUCAUUAGAGCUAUCAGAAUCAUGAAAUUUCAUGUUGCAAAGAGAAAGUUUAAAGAGACAUUACGUCCAUAUGAUGUAAAAGAUGUAAUUGAACAGUAUUCAGCUGGUCACCUUGAUAUGUUGUGCAGAAUAAAAAGUCUUCAGUCCCGCGUUGACCAGAUUCUUGGAAAAGGACAAAUCACAACAGAUAAGAAAAAUCGAGAAAAGAAUACUGCAGAGAAUGAAACAACUGAUGACCUUAGUAUGUUAGGGCGUGUAGUCAAGGUGGAGAAGCAGGUACAAUCCAUAGAGUCAAAGCUGGACAGCCUGUUAGAUAUUUAUCAACAGGUCUUAAGGAAAGGAUCUGCAUCAGCGCUUACUUUGGCUUCAUUUCAAAUGCCAUCUUUUGAAUGCGACCAGACCUCUGAUUAUCAAAGUCCUGUAGACAGCAAAGAUUUAUCUAGUUCUGCACAAACUAGUGGAUGUGUAUCCAGAUCAGCUAGUGCCAACAUGCCUCGUGGCCUACAGCUUAUACUGACACCAAAUGAAUUUAGCACUCAGGCUUACUAUGCUUUUAGUCCAACUAUGCAUAGUCAAGCAACACAGGUGCCAAAUGAUGGACCUGCAACAGUAAUAACUAAUAAUACAUCAAACCAAAUAAACCAGGCAACUAAGCCAACAACACCAACAACGUUACAAAUACCACCUUUCUCCUCAGUCAAGCAUGCCAACUGGCCUGAGCCUCUUCAUAUUACUCCUGCUACCACACAGGAAAAUAUUUCUGAUGUCACCGCUUGCCUUGUUGCGUUAAAGGAUAAUGGAAAAGUUGCACAGCACAAAGUGACAAAGGAUCUUUCAUGGAGAAAAAGCCUUGAUACAGAAGGGGAACCCUUGGUCCCAGUUAAACCAGUAGUGCAAAUGGAUUUAGGAAAAUCUUUAUCUGUACAAAAUCUUAUACAAUCAUCUGAAGAACUGAAUGUACAGAUUGCUGGGAAUGACUCCAGUGGCUCAAGAGGGAGCCAAGAAGUGUACUCCAAAUGGAGGGAGUCAAAAUUAUUUAUAACAGAUGAAGAGUUGGAAGCAGAGACAAAAACAGAGGCUUUUGAAAGCAUCUCUCGCUCAUUAGUGGAAACAACUCUCUCUACUGACUCUCUAAGGACUGGAAUAUCAAGAUCAUCUCAAAGCAUUUGCAAGCCAGGGGACAGUACAGAUGCACUCAGCUUGCCUCAUGUCAAACUUAAAUAACAAUUUAUGGGUUUUCUUCAUUGGCUGAGUAAUUCCUUUAGUCAUACAUAUCAUAGCAUGAACUCUUUUGAAAGCCUUUUUAAUAAAAUAAAAUUGUAAGAAUCAGGAAGAAUCUGAAAGGCAGUUGUAUGAGCCCAUAUCUUCUAGUUGCAUGAAAAUGCAUGCUUAAGUGACAGCUAAAAUUCAAAUUUAUACCUAAUGUACAUCACUUUUAUGUAGUACAGUAGGUGUAAAUAAUGAGUAAUCUACAAAGUUAAUACUGCAGACUGUGUCAGAAAGCAAAGGUCUGAGCAUUUAGAAAUAGUGUUGUUUCUACAGUACAGAAGUAAAAAUUGUAAGAUUUAAAGCACUUUGCUUCUGGAUUAAUUAAAAAUAUAUAUGUCCUGAAUUAGACAAUAGUUUAUGUUUACAACAAAAAUAUUAUCUACAGCUGCUAGCAAGGUACCAAGGAAACUAGUAAUAUGGGACUAGAAAUGGCUGCUAGUUGCAAGAUAUACACAUUAACUCAUCAUUAAUCAGUGAUUUUAACACUCUCAGCUUUAGAAUGUUAAUUUCUGUAACAUUUUUGGUGAUUUAGUGCUGUGGCAAAGUACUUUGCACACCACUUUCAGGUUGUUCUUUAUGAUAAGAACCUUCUUUUGCUAUGAAAUGUAUAAAUUCAAAGGAUAAGGGCUGGCAUUAGAGAUGGAUAAUCUGGACUACUGCACCAAAAAUUCAGGGGCAGCUUUCCUUACCCCAAACUUGCUGAUAUCACUGAUGUGCCCUUCCCGAGGAUCUGAAGCAUUCUGGAAGUAGAAUCAGCAGGAGAGGAGAGGGCGUUACCUUUAUUGUAAAAAGAAAAGGAGUACUUGUGGCACCUUAGAGACUAACCAAUUUAUUUGAGCAUGAGCUUUCGUGAGCUACAGCUCACUAGAGGCAGUUCUUCUUUCUGCCCUGAAGGUGGCACCAUGCUUCACAAUUGCACCCUGAUACUCCAUGAUACUGUGUCAGAAGUCUGUGAAGGAAGUGAACGUGGUAACAUAUGGGGUAUUGAAAGCAGAGGGAAAAAAAAGGGGAUAAGGGAAGAGAGAGAGAGACUACAGAAGGGGUGAAGAGGGGGGAAAAGAGAGACAAUACGAUAAGCAAAGGAAAAUAUGAAUUUGGAGAAGAAAAAAAGGGGUAGGAAAAAAGGGGAUGGGGAAAAAAUGAAAAAUAACAGCAGGGAGGCAGGGACAGUGAAAAAGGUCUUUAAAAUUCCAGCCUGUUGGUCCCAGACAGCUAGUGUUUCUUCCAAAAAGCCAUGUAAGGAAAUGGGAGAGGUAAUAGAGACAAACGGCUGAAUUGCCCAAAUUGAAGAAGACCGAAUUUUUAAAAACGAGGGGACGAGGAGGAGAGAGGGAAAGGAGUCACAUUCUUAUUAGCUCUAUAAUGCCAUUUUACAAAGGUUCCAGGAAAGGACCCUCAGAUUCCUUCCCCAUACCACCUCCCACCUAGUUUGGGGAUUCAAAACAUGCAGCAUAUUGAGCAUUCUCCCCUGAGACCUCCUCUUGCUCUCAUAGCCUUUCUACGUUUCACUUCUGCAGAGGUGCAGUAGCAGUACUAGUGCCUACCUAUUGGUCCUUACCAGGGCUUUGCCAUGGAACCCUGUAGGAGCCUCCACCCUUCCGCACUGAACAAGAUUUCUAUUUGUUGUAUCCCCCCAAAUUACAGCCAACAUGUACCACUGACUCAUGGGCAACCUGUUCUGGGCCUGGCCACCUCUAGCAACAAGAACUCCAAAUGUAUGGGAGUGCCAGUUCCAGCUCACUCAGAGCACUGUUUCAUCAAAGCCCAGCCCUGCUGAGGAUUUAUUAUACAUCAAAAAUGUCAGAGCAGUCUUAAUCAUGGCUAAAUGCUGUAGAUUGUAUUGUGAAGGACUUGAACUGUUUACUAUGAAUCCACUGUAAUUUCUGCCUCCAUAUUUCUUUUACAAAAGUAUUCCUGGAUGUUACAUGAUAACCUUAUUAUGUGAAAGUACAUGCAUACUGUAAAGUGUAUAUAUUGUGUCAGUGAUACAGGAUCUAUGGAUGAUAAGCUGCAUUCUAUGGCUUGUGCCAGAACAAAGCUCACGUGGUAAAUUCUGAAAGAUGUCUUGAAGCACAAUUAGCUAUCACUGAUUUGCCAUCGCAUUCAUCCUUUACUACAUCCUUCAUGUGCAGCCUGAUCAUAUUAAAGCCGAAUUGCGAAGAUAUUUUUGUGAUGAUAAAUAGGUUUUUCAACAUCUGAGAACAUUUAAAUAUUGACUUAUUUGAAUGUCUGCAGUUUGUCCAGCCAAAUCUGUAAAUUUAAAGUAUUGUACAAUAUCUAAAAACGAUUUAAUUUUUAGGAUUUUCUUUUCUUUUUUCCUAAUUUUUUAUGGUGCCUUUCUUGCCAUUUAUAUAAAAUCUCAUAAUGUUGUAGAUGUAAAUCUGUACUUAGGUCUGAUGUAGGGGCAAGAGCUUGGGCACAGGACAGCUAACAAAUGUGUCAGUAAUUAGACUCGCCUCCCCUUUUUCAUUAAAUGUGAACACAACAGCAUCCUGAAUUGGGCCCUGAUCUUGCAACUGCAUCUGCUUGAGCAGACCUUUGCAUCCACAUUGAGCCUUACUGUGAAAUCAGUGAGGUUCCACAUGGGCACAGGCUCUGCCUGCACAGAUGCAGUUGCAGAAUCAGGAUCUUGAUUUUUACUUGCUGAACUUGGUAUUUUUGGCUUAAAUGACAUACCUGAGUUCUCCUCAUUUUAAAUUAAUUUAUUUAAUACAAUUCUGUGCACAUAAAUGAAUUCUAUAAAUUAUAUAUGAAAAUUUAGUUGGGAUUGGUCCUGCUCCGGGCAGGGGGUUGGACUAUAUAACCUCAGAGGUCCCUUCCAACUCUGAUAUUCUAUGAUUCUAUGUGAAUGUCUUCACAAAGAUCGGAUAAAUCAGGAAGGCCUUAUCUUUUUUUAAGUUGAAAUUACUGAUUUUUUUUUUAUUGUCACCGUUACAUCCUUCUUUUUGUAGCUACAGUUCUUAUCAUAUAGGAAUUUUCUUAACAUUAUAUUGAUGGAAAAUUGCGAGAAUAAUUAAUGAAUCUGUGGAGAUCUGGAGAGGGUUUAUUAUGUGUUUUUACAAAGUGAGCUGUUCUGACCUUUCUUCACCAGGAGUUUCCUGUGUCCACAGUAUACCUUUAAUUACACUAUAAGGACCAAGCCUGCUCCCACCGAAAUCAGUAUCAAUAAUUUAUUGAUGUCAGUGGGAACAGCAUUUGGCCUUAAGGGUCUUGUCCUGAACUACUUACUAAGUCAAAGCUCUCAUUUUAGUCAAUAAGAGUUUUACAUGAGUAGGCAAUAAGGACCAAAUUCUGCCCUAAUAUACACUCCAUUGGAGGAUUGUGCAGGGUGUCAAACAGGACAGAAUCUGGCUCUAAGUAAGGGUUUAAGGACUGGGCCUUACACAAAUAACUGUUUCCUGAUCAGCAUGUUUGUUGUACCUGAUUGAAGAGAGAACUUAAAAGAAUAGUUUUUGAUGAUUAUUUGUUUUACAAACUCUAUAUACUCCUGGCUUAUGUGAUCUAUACUUUUUAUUUCAGUAUGGAUAUAGUGUUUUAGCCUAGGGUUCAAGAUUGCAAAGAUCAUACACUUUUAUUCACAUGCCCACAGCUGUUACAUGUUUUUUUGAGAUAAUCCUGCUUAAAUGACUGCUCUCAUUACAGUCUGCUGAUAGGUAAUUCACCUACUCUUCUGUGAUAAGUCAAGUCAUACUGAAUUAUUGCUGUAUUGAGGAACACCUGAUAUACAGUACGAUUUAUGGGUCUGGGCCUGCAGUUCUUACUCAAGCAAAAAUUCCAUGGACUUCAGCAAGAGCUCUGCCUGAGUCAGGAGUCCAGAUUCAAACCCUUAUUUUGUUGGGCAUCUGUAUAAAGUGAAAAUGAUAAUAUUCCAGUUAUUUCCUGAGGAAACUAAUGCUUAGCUGAAUUAACCCAUAUGUCACAUUGACUAUAUAAAAAGUAACGCACAAAAUAGUAAGAUAAAAAGGAAUGAAGAGAAGGGAAAUUUUUAAAAAGCACAGAGAAAAGUAGGUCAGUAAGAAAACAGAACAAAGCAGAAAAAUAAAAUGUAGAGCAAAGGAAUGAAAAAAGUGAUUAAACAUCUGAGGACAAAUUCAUCCCUGUGUGGCUCCACUGACUUCAAAGGACAGCAUAGGUGGGCCAAAUUCAGCCUUCUUUGGUGUAAUGAGGCUCAACUCCAUUGAUCUCAAUGGGAUUACACCUGCCUACACCAGGAGUAAACUUGUCCCACUGGGACAAUUUUUGUUCUGACUCAUACCUUGUGCAAUCCCAUGGAGUUCAGAAGGAUUGAAGGAGGUGUACGUCCAAAGAGAAUUUGGCCGUCAUAUUUCUGCUUCACAUUUUUUUCCAAGUAUGUUAAUCAAUUUAGUUCAAAUGAAUUGCAACAUCAAAUAAAUUGCUAUAAUUAUCCAAAAAGGUGAAUCAGUUUUUAAAUCUAAACCAACCCGUGGAAUGUCAAAGGAAGCAUAUGAGGGGUUGCCAUUAAUUCAGAUACAUAUGGGACACUUCCACAGGCACCAAACAUCAUCUGCUAUUGAAUGUGUUCUGAGACAUUUCUGCUAGCCAAUAUGGGAGGGAGCGGUGUUAAAAUAUCAGUUUUAUAACGGUUAUGGAAAGUAUAAGGGACACUUCCACUGAUGCUGCAAUGGCUUUAGCCAUUACAUUAUAAUACAAUGUUAAUUGUAACUUCAUGACAAAGGUAAAUCCAUUUUGUUGUUAAUAAACAUGGUUAUAAAGUA